AUGCUGGUCGAAUAUGUAUGGCCCAAAUUGAAACGUAAAAAGUUUUACUUUCAACAUGAUGGUGCUGGAGCUCAUUAUGCUAUUGCUGUUCGAGAAUGGCUUGAUGAGAAUUUUUCUGAUCAUUGGAUUGGCAGACGUGGUCCAUUCGACUGGCCAGCGCGUUCGCCAGAUUUAACUCCAUGUGAUUUCUUUCUUUGGGGCUAUUUAAAAGAUAUCGUGUUUAAAAAGCCACCUGCUACACUUAUGGAACUUCAACAAAGCAUUGAAGAAGCCUGUGAACAAGUGACAGAAGAAAUGUGUCGCAAAGCAUGUCGCUCUGUUAUGCAACGUUUGCGUGAUUGUUUACACCGUGAAGGACAUUUUCUUUCGUACUAG